GACGCCGAUAGACAUUAGCUGAUCGCUAUUACCUUCAUAUGCAUGUUGGUGGUUGCUACACUUAGCAUAAUGAAAACUGGACACGUAACCGACAGCUUCACUACGCCUGUUGUAUGCUAUACGACUGUUUUAAAGUGAAAAUCAGCUGUUUUGGUGUCGUUUAAGGAGUACGCUCCAGAUGACCUAUCGCGAUAGGAUGACGUUUGUAUGACGCUGCAGUCACGUGACAGUAGCCUUUUUGGCUAAUAUUCAAAAUUUCUUCCUAUUAGAAUUUCCUAAUACACAUGGCCUUGUAUUUUGGCAUACUAUAGUUAAUAUCACGAUGGUUUUAUAUUGUAUAAUAACGCAUAAGUCGCACAAAUGAUUGUUUUGAAGGCUCGGCUAACACCGAGCCCGGGAAAAUCCAUUCAUUUAGCCGCGAAAAGCUACAGCAGACGUUAGUGACGGGCGAUACCCAACAUUUUCUGACCGAAGUGAUACCAAGUAAAGUAAAGAUUGGCGUCACCGAUCCCAUUACCGAUAUAGAUACUUUGGCAAAGAUGGUUUGGGAAGUAAAUAAUGUAUAAAAACCUCAGUUGCCACAUCAAAAGCCAUUAUUACUAUGUCAAAGCUAAAAUAGAUGCAAAUAGGUCAUCUUUGAUGGGAUGUAGAUAUUUAACCAGCUAGAGCUUGUGUAUUGCAUUUGUACAUUUGAUAACCACCGUCGUCUUUAAUAGAAUAACUCCAAGAUAAUCUACAAAAAACAAAAUGAAGAUGUGUCAUUUAAUUACUAAUGUGUUUGACCACUGCAUGUUAUACAGAGGGCCGAUGCAGUGUAAAUACGGAAAGGCUAUUUAGUUUGCGUAAUACAAGACCAACGUAUUGGCCUGUUCAAUAUGAACUGUAUCCAUAAAUUAUUGCGUUGUGAUCCGGUGCUAUAUAUAAAGUUAAGUAAACUUGGCCUUGGGGGACGUGGUAGUGCAAACACUGCUUAAAAUGAGAGGCGGAAGGAAAAGUAGAUCCUGCCAAAUCUGUAUUACCGUGUUUAAAAAUAUAUAUUUCUUCCCAACACAACAGCUUAAAUGAGGUAUGGUCGUGUGAAUGAACGGUAAUUGGCUUCAAAACCUCUGCCAUCUCUCCUUGCAUGCCUUCAGGCGUGUGGUCUGGUUCUGUGUGGUGCGCAGCACAACAUAUUCAGCAGAGUUUCCCAUUGAAAGGAUUAGAAUCAGCAUCUGUCACAAAUGUGUCAAAAUGUCAAUAUUGUCGAGCGAGAAUCGAUAUUAGUAUCGGAAACAUUGGUAUCGCAAGUGUCGAUAUUUAAGUAUCGAUCCGGCCAUGCGCAUAGCUCCCAAGGGUCUGUCAGAGUUAGUUGGUUGCGACUUUUUCCCCUUUGCUUGCAACAUACUGAGGAUUACUUUGUCACUUUACCAACAUGCCCGUGCUAGAGGUUACAGAUGCAUGUGAAGUUUGUCCACCAAAGAGGGCAAGAACAGAAGCAAGUCCUGCAGAAGAGAGAGCAGUUCUUCGGUUCGCCAAACUCACUGAACACGCCACGACACCCACCAGAGGCUCGGCAAAAGCUGCAGGAUAUGACCUGUACAGUGCAUAUGAUUAUUCCAUCGGUCCCAUGGACAAGGCCAUUGUGAAAACAGACAUUCAGAUAGCAGUCCCACAUGGCUGCUAUGGUAGAGUAGCACCAAGAUCAGGACUAGCAGCCAAGCACUUCAUUGAUGUUGGAGCUGGAGUUGUUGAUGAGGACUAUAGGGGGAAUGUCGGCGUUGUGCUCUUUAAUUUCGGCAAGGAGACUUUCGAAGUGAAAAAAGGUGAUCGAGUUGCGCAGCUGGUGUGUGAGAAAAUCUGCUACCCAGACCUAGUUGAGCAGAAGACACUUGACGACACUGAGCGAGGAGCCGGUGGGUUUGGGUCAACCGGAUGCAACUGAAGCUUGACUGUUAUUGUAAAGUUGGAGUAACAAAGUUACUGUAAUGUUACGGGAAUAAAAUGUUUUUUGGGUUUUUUUGCA